CGUGCAGGGAAGAUAACUCCAUCAGUUUGACCAUAACAAUCAAACGUGAUGGUAUCGAAUUCGUCAGGAUCAUCUUCGCAUUUAGGCGAUCCAAACUCAUCAAGGACAAGCUUUGAUGAUAGAAAUAAACGAAGAUCACACGAUGCAGCCACAACGCAUGCAGAAACACAAUCUAUGCUUCAUAGUUCCAAUUUCGAAUUAGAAGAAGAAGAAGAUGGAGAUGUAGAAGCACACUCUUUAAGACAUAAACGCACUUUUUCAGGAAGGGUUUUAUCCCCUUCCACAUACUCUGCUGCUUGGAUGACAGGUAAGGAAAUGAUGAGAUCAAGCUCGUUCAUGCCUAAAGGGACAGGACGAUUCAACUCUUCUAGGGCAGCAGUGAUUGGGAUUUGCGUAUUCCUAGGAUUCGUGAUCAUCGUUUCCGUGUUCCCGAGUUCAAGCUAUAAGUCAACCAAAUCAGAUUAUGAUAUCGACUCAACCGAACUAACGGGAGACAAUACCUUUGCAACAGUUCCUAAAGCCAUUCAAGAUAAGUUAUCGCUUCCCGCUUUAUCGGAACAGAAUAGACGUGAUAGGACAAUGAAUGACGCAAGAUGUAGAAAAGAAUUCCCACUACUUUAUCCGCAAUUGGACGAAUUGAUGCGUUAUUGGCAAACACGUGGAGGAAUAUCAAAAGAGAUGAUUGAUGAAAACGAAAAAGGAGCAGCACCUCAUUGGGGUCAUGCAAGGUUGAUCAUAAAUCGCGGCAAAGUGUACAUAAGAGCGUUCAAGGAAGGAACAGAAACGAGAAAUUCAGCUCUGGUCCAUCUUGUUCAACAAGCCGUCGAAUCGUGGCCAGGUGGUGGAGUAGCAAAGGACGAUACUUUGCCAACAGUUGACCUUAUCUUAAGCCCGGGCGACAAGGAUAUUUUUCCGAACCAAGCAAGUUGGACAGUCACAAAGAGCAUCAAGGAUCAUCGUCAUACAGGAAAAUGGCUGAUUCCCGACUUUGGAUUUGUAGGAUGGCCUGAAGCUGGAAUUGCAUCUUUCGAGGAAUUCCUGGAUCUAGCAACCGCACAGGAAGUGCAAUAUCCAUGGUACAGAAAGCAUACUCGUGCUUUUUGGAGAGGAUUUGCCAAUGUCUACGCAGUUCGUAGGGAUCUGAUCGAGCGUACAGAUACUAAAAAGCACCCAGAGCGUGAACGAUGGGCUGACGUGCACGAGACUACUUUUCAUCCUGAUGGAAAGAGCGACUGGUAUCCUUUGGUCACUCUACCGGAACAUUGUCAGCACAAGUACUUGAUUCAUGUCGAAGGCAAUAGCUAUAGUGGUAGAUCUCGAUACCUCCUCUCUUGUCAUUCCGUCACGAUCGCUCAUCCUCUCGAAUGGACACAACACUUUCAUCCCGCCUUGAACAAUUUUACCGAUUCUCCCAAUCAAAAUUACGUACAACUUCCUGGACCAUUCUUCGAAGGUUUGGAAGAGGCUGUCCACGAAUUGCGAGUAUCAGAUGGAAUGGCGGAGUCUGAGCCCGAAAGGAAGGUAACGAAUGAUGGAAAAGCCGUACCUCCGAUCAAAAUUUUGAAGUACAACGGAGCACAAAAGAUUGCCAAUAAUGCUUUACGUACUUUACGACAUCGUUAUCUCACACCAGCAGCAACGAUGUGUUACACUCGUGCUGCUUUACGACAUUAUGCUGAAUCGCUCAAUGUGACCUCGUGGAGCAAUGUUGGUCCAAUUGUCAAAGCUGGACAAGGUAUCUUACCCGACACGAGUAAAGGAAGGAUACCUUCAGGUGUGAAGGGAGAUAUCGAAGUCGGUGUUUGGCGAUUGCUGGGUGCACCAAAUUGGCCACCUCAGUAAUCAUCUUACUCGCGGAAUAAUCAAAACAUUUGUAUAAUAAAAUCAAUCAAUCAAUCAGUGUAUUUGUCUC